UUCUCUCAUAAAAAAUAAAACAAUUCCCAGUUGUUGAUUUGAUCAACAAUGGAAGGUUUAGUAAAGGGGUUGUUGAAUGUGGCUUUUGGCAAUGAUGAAAAUGAAAGAGACAAUCAAGAUCGUGAUGAACGGUCAAGAUCCAGUUGGGCGCAGGUGGUGACAGGGGAGCAGGAAGAUGAUGGGGUUAACAGUGAUCGUAGAACUGGAUAUAAUAGACAGGAUGAGAGAUAUGGGAGAAAUGAGGAAUCAAGGCCUCACGUGAUUCCCCAAAAGCCGUCUCAAAACAUGCAGGCUUCACCUCAGGGGUACCAAAGAAAUGAAGACGAGAGGAGAGACAAUGUCAACCAAAGCAGUUGGAAGCAAAAGGAGGACGAGGGAAACAAUGACGGCUGGGAGACAGUCCAGAAAAAGCCUACUAAACGGCACCAACAGGUAAAAAUGGAUUCUUGGAACAAUUACAAAAAACCUCUUGAUGAGCAACAUUACUCUAAUGAGGUUGAAUAUGGAGUUGACAUGGAACCCUCCAAAGAAGAGCUAUCAGACUUAUCGAAAGCUUGCAACAAGCUCUGGGAACUUGAUCUUAACCGCUUAGUUCCAGGGAAAGAUUACCAGAUUGAUUGUGGUGAAGGAAAAAAGGUGUACAAUAAAGAUGAUAUGGCAGAAGGAUGCUUAUUUUCCUGGCUGAAUGACGAUGUAUUUAACAAGCCUUCUUAUUCUCGUUUCUGUUCCCUUUUGGAUAAUUAUAAUCCACAUCAGGGUGUUAAGGAGAAUGUAACACCUGAAGAAAAGCGAGAACAAACAGCAUUCAUAGAAGAGAUCAGUAGAACUGCACCAAUUAAAUAUCUGCACAAGUAUCUGUCAUUGAAAGGCAUAGUUUCUGGUAAUUAUGAAGAAUUUAAGAGAAUGUUGACACGUCUCUGGUUCGACCUUUAUAGUCGAGGUGGUACAUCCGCUAGCUCUUCAGCUUUUGAACAUGUUUUUGUUGGAGAGAUAAAGGAACGCGGGGAGAAAGAGGUGUCUGGAUUUCACAACUGGCUUCAGUUCUAUUUAGAGGAAGCUAAGGGCAAUGUUGACUAUCAAGGAUAUAUUUUCCCCCGAAGGCGUGGAGAGAUUCCCGACUCAGAAACUCAACUACUCACUAUACAAUUUGAAUGGAACGGCGUCCUCAAAUCUGUGUCAAGCAGUUUGAUUGGAGUUAGCCCCGAAUUUGAAGUUGCCAUCUACACUCUCUGUUACUUUGUUGGAGGGGAGGAAAACCACGUCGAGAUUGGUCCAUAUCCUGUUAAUAUUAAAUGUUAUCGAUUGGGAGAUAGCAUUGGCUCUGCUUUCCCUGUGGCUGAAUGUUGAAUGUCACACACAUCAUUUCUGUUAUCUCCAUUACUGGACCAAAUAUGUUUGUGGGAUUUUACCAUUUGUUUAAGAAAUAUUCUUGUCUGGUAUUAUCCGCGCUUCUAUUGCUGUCAUAUUCGAACUGCUGGUGAAAUGAAAUGCUGAAUAUUGUUCUGUUCUA